GCUCCUUCUGCCGAGUGGCACCGUGCACAUGGCUCGCACCGCUCUCACGACCCGGCUCGCGCUCGUCGCAGCCCUCGCACUCGUCUUGUCGCUCCUCCCCUCCGCCAACGCCGCCCUCGGCAAUUCGAAGAACCUCCUCCAGCUCACCACAAAGACGUUCCACAAGCACGUCACUCGCAGCGACAAGCUCUCGGUCGUCGCCUUUACCGCACCCUGGUGCGGUUAUUGCAAGAAGCUCGCUGGCGACUACGACAAGGUGGCCGACAGCCUCAAGGGAAUCGUCAACGUCGUCAACGUCGACUGCGACGCCGACGAGAACAAGCCGCUGUGCGGUCGAGAAGGCGUCCAAGGUUUCCCGACCAUCAAGCUCUUCCCCGGCGGCUCGGCCCCCUCUCGCAGCUACGACGGUCCGCGCACGGCCAAGGACAUCAUCGCUGCCGCAACGGGCGCCAUGCCCACCUUUGUCAAGCGCGCCGGGACCGCCGCCGAGGUCGAGGCGCUGCGCGAGAAGGCCUCCACCAAGCCCAUCUCGCUCCUGUUCACCUCGGCCGGCAAGGUGACGCCGCUGUACAAGGCCCUCUCGACCGACUUUUACCGCGAGCUCGAGUUCUACGCCGCGCGAGACGAGAAGGUCGGCAACGAGGCGAUGCGCGCGUUUGGCGUCGAGACGACACCGGCCCUGCUGGUUCUGAGCGGUGGCGACGAAGUCGUCAAGUACGAGGGCCCGCUCAAGUACGACAAGCUGCGCGCGUUCCUUGAGCCGUUCGCGGCGGCGGCUGCGCAGGCCGGUGGCGCCAAGGGCAAGAAGCGGGGCGAGCACGAGGAGCUGUAGCCAGAGCGCGCAGUGCAACAGCUGCUUGCUCGCUCGCUC